UUGACAUUUACGUGGUCACAUUGACUGUACUGACUGGCCGCACAUGUGCUAACAAAUUGGGUUUUAAAGAUUUGAUUUUUAUUGAAAAAAUCAGUGAAAAGAUGCCAAGAAAGCCGAAUAAAGAAGUACUGUGCGACAAUUGCGGGAGUAGCAAUGAGGCAAAGCACAUAUACUCCGCCCAGAAGGCAUUCGUGGGCCGUAAAAUUGUGGACCUGCUGGGGACAAUCACCCAGAAAACCCUCCCGAUAAACUUGGGCCUGAAGGUGUGCUUCCUGUGCGCAUCCACCAUGAUGUCAACCGUCGGCGUGAUCGAGAGGACCCAAAAGCUGGUGGAGAAAUUUCUGGCCAUGCCCCUCAAAAAAACCAAGGACGUCAGGGCACCGGAAAAGGAGGACCAUGAUUUGUUGGAUGCUGAGUCUAGUGAUAAUCAAGAAAACGAUUUUGUAGAUCUCACAGCAGAAGCGGAGAAGCCGAUGAAACUAAAGAAAAACACAACCAUCCGCCAGCGCAGCAAGUCCAUGGCUGUCUGUUUAGAAAACACCGUUUUUUCCCAGAUCGAGAAUGUCAAGAGCUCGCCAAAGAAACUGGAUGGCUCUUUCAAGAACCUCGAUGGUUCGUCUCAAAAGCAGCAAUCCCGAAUUUUUGACGACAACCUCACGGACUCUAUAAAGAUGACGCCCGCCAAACCGGUGUCUACUAAAAAGAAGUCCUUUAUUCAUCUCUUUUGCAACGGCAAUGACGGCAUUGAAAUACCGUCCGAAAGUGAGGACGAGGAGGCAACCGGAGAGGAAACUGUCAAAAAGGUUAUAAUUGAAACUAAUAACUUCAACUGUGAACAUUGCGAAUACCAUGCUAAAUUCCCCAACCACUACAAGGACCACCUGCAAAAAGAGCAUGGCCAGCAGCGUCCACGCAUUUACUCCUGUCCCUGCUGUCCCAAGUCCUUUGGAGUCCUGAAGUCGAUGAAAGACCAUUUGUUAGUGACUCAUAAGCUUAUUGUGGAAACCGUAUCGAAGGCCAAGUCAAAGGAUAGCAAAUCUGAGGGCAAACAAAAGGUUGAUUCAAAGCCAAAGGAGCCUAAGACUCAGAACAAUAAGCAAAAGGAAGUUAAGUCCAAAGCCAAGAAGCUAGAUGAGGUAACGGAGAUCAAGGCUAAGGAUACGUCAAAAGAGGAAAAGUCAAUAAGUAAACAAGUUCUGAACAAAACACAGGAUACGUCAAAAGCGGAAAAGUCAAUAAAUAAACAAGUUCUGAACAAAACAAAGGAUGACAAGGAUAACGAGACCCAAGAGGAGCGGAAUGUUGCCUCCUUUAAAGCCCUAAAUGAGUCCUUAAUGAAGAAAAGGAUGUUCGAGAACGUGGUCGAUUCGGAUUACACAUUCGCCAUAAACGGAUCUAGUGCAUCCACUCCCAGGGCGGAAUCUUCCGAUUUUCAGUGCGACAUUUGCGACUGCGAGCUGACUACCGCUAAGCAGAUGCAGGAUCACAUGAAAACCGCCCACGCCAUCGAAAAGCCAAAGAUAUUCAAGUGCACCAUUUGCGACAAGAGUCUGACCACUAAACAGUCUCUAAAUAAACACACACUUCUGCAUAGCGACGGUGCUGAUGUGGGAAAGUCCACCAAGCGAAAAAUUCUGCAAGAAGAGGAAGAGGAGGAGGAGGUCGUGAACAUUGAGAGUAUUUUCCAAACUAACAACUCUGCGGAUGAUGAUGAGGGUCCUAGGGAAGAAAAGAUCUUAAAAGUAAAUGACACCAUGUCCGCACCUGGAUCACCCAUUAAAAAGGAAAGAAAGAGCAAGUCCAGCUUGCUAGACAUAUCCGUGGGCACAACUAAUGGCGAAUCGCCUUCAAAGGCCCAAAAACGUAAGAAACAGAAAAAAUCCGAGGAAUUAACUUCUGACCAGUUGAUGGAGGAGAUAAAUCAUAAUGUGAAGCCGCACAAAAAGGCCCGCCUGGACUCCACCGCUGAUGAGUCCGUGUCCGACUUCAGCUGCGACAAGUGCGGAAAACGCUUAAAAACGCAGCAGAGUCUUGAACAACAUGUCCAAAAGAAACACAGCGUUCUAAAGUGCACCAAUUGUAAGAACACUUACACUAGCCAGGUUGACUAUGUGGGUCACUUUUCGGAGUGCGGUCCCAGCGAUGACCUUCCUUGCGGCGUGUUUUUGUGCAAGAAGAGUUUCUCGGAGGCCAACUUCCUAAGUUCCCAUCUGCGCAAGCGCCACAAGUGGGUUUAGGGUCCAAUUUGAUUGUUAUAUACAUCAUCACCUAUUGACCAGUUUAGUUUUACUUUAGGUUAUUGAUUAGUGAAUCUAUCACUGAGUAGAUUUCUUUGAUUUUUAUUGAUGUUUUUACUGGACUUUAAAAUGAUUUAAAAAAAAACAAAAAAUUGGCAUUUGUUAAGACAUUACAACAUUACGGAAACAUCUUUAUAAAUAUUUAACGGUUGAUUAGCUUUGAAAACCCAUUCGAAAAAAGCUAAAAACAUCAUUAUCUGGUGGAGUUCAAAUCAAUGUUAAAGCCAUUUCAAGAAAUCUGAGGCAAUUUAAUGAUAAGUUUGGACAUACCACUUAAAUGGAAAUUAAUUGUACUCACAAAGAGUAUAAAAAUCCGUUUCAUUUUGGAAAAUUAUUUUUGUAUCAAACAAACA